AUGGCCCACAACGCAGUGCUUGAAACACAGACUCUCCACACCACUGCCUCCAACAACGACCUCAAGCGCGAUUCUGGCAUAGCAAAAGCCACAAACAACAUAGCGCCUGCUUCCCUGACUACCUCGCCAAGUGUGCCGUCCAUCAUCGUCCACGAUGCCAACACCGCCCUGCCGGCCAGCAGAAACUCCAGACGAACCCCUCCCUUUCUACGUCGCAAGUCAAAGCCUCUCGACGAAGAAGACAGCGGCAGCGACACUGACCUCCCCGGCUUGCCUCGUUCCAAUAGCGCCCACAACCGCAUCCGUUCCUUCCACGGCAUCGACAUGGACCUCUCCAGUGGCACAGGCUUCGAGGACCUCACAUCGCCCGACGCUCUCAAGUUUUCGACUCGCGGUAGCAUCCUGUUGAAUUCGAAGAAGUUGGCAAAGAUGAUGAGGGCUCACGACGACAUGACGGACGGCGAUGUUACCGACAACGACUUCCACACGGCUCCCAACUCGCCCACCUUCUCGCCCCCUAUGCAAGCACCGCCAUCUCCACCACUCUCGCCUACCCCAUCCUCCCCGAAACCGAAUCCGAAGCGUCUCACGACCGGGCCCCGCACACCGAGUGUACUCAUGCUGAAUGCAGUUCUCGACGGCCGUCGAGUGUUGUCUGCUGAAGAGAGGACCUUUUCACAAAAGGUGCGAACAAUGUACAAAUACGGCGACGAGAGAGCUGCCGACUGGACGACUCCCGUCGAGACGACGGAGCGUGAGGACACGCCUGAACCACAAGGCGUUUCGCGCGCCCUCACAAAUCCUCGUCGAAGACCUGUCACAAGUCGCAGCUCGAGACCAAUGGAUUUUCACGAUCGAUUCAGCUUCAUACAAAACGAGCACGAAUGUGCCGGCGGUGUCGAGGACUGGGAAGAUCUGUCCGGAAAAGAUGUCGAUCGUUAUGGCUUUAUCAACCCCGUCAAAUUCAUUCCUAGCGAAGGGACGCAGGCUGGUUCUGUGAAGCCUAGUCUUCAACGUGUUACCACAUCGCUACAGCUUUUAUCCAGCAGUCCGCGCCGGCGCAGAGGCUUGAUUAGAGGUCCCUCGACUGCCAGAUCCUCGCGCUCCCUGCCGCCGCCCACUCGCACAAACACCCGCACUACCGUCGCCUCGUCGCCUUCCGGCCACGCUGCUUCUGUGUACUCUUUCCAAUCAAGUCACUCCCAACAUCGAUCCCACAACCCUUUCCGCUCGCGCGACCGCCGACUACUCGACGAAGCGAGCGACAUGCUCACAUUGCCCGCCUGCCUCGAUAAUCUCGCCGAAGAAGACGCACAUGAAAGCUUUUUGAGACGCCGCGAAGUCCUCCGUGAAGAGAAGUGGCGUAGAAUGGCCCGUCUUGUGCCCCAAGGCUUGAGAGGUGGCGGCAUGAAUUUCGAGUUCGAUGUCUCAGAUCCGAAACUUGUGGCGCGUACAUGGAAGGGUGUACCUGACAAAUGGCGUGCAACUGCAUGGCAUGCUUUCCUGUCUGCCUCGGCUAAGCGACGAGGUGGCUGUCAAUCUGACGAGGAGCUGAUUGAGACCUUUCACGAACUGCAAGAAGAGAGCUCUGCCGAUGACGUCCAGAUUGAUGUCGAUGUUCCAAGAACCAUCAGCAUGCAUAUCAUGUUCCGUCGCAGAUAUCGCGGAGGUCAGCGUCUGCUGUUCCGCGUCCUUCACGCCAUCUCGGUCCACUUCCCUUCCACGGGCUAUGUGCAAGGAAUGGCUUCUUUGGCCGCGACUCUGCUCUGCUACUAUGACGAGGAACACACUUUCAUCAUGCUUGUCCGUAUGUGGGAGCUGCGCGGUCUGAAAGUGCUGUACGAACACGGUUUCUCAGGCCUCAUGACGACCCUGAAAGAGUUUGAGACCGACUGGCUGGGCACUGAUCCUGACCUCAAAGCUAAACUCGACGACUUUGGCAUUGAUGCCAUGACCUACGGUACCAAGUGGUAUCUCACCCUCUUCAACCUCAGCAUGCCUUUCCCGGCACAACUACGCGUCUGGGACGUGUUUAUGCUUCUGGGCGACGCUGACUUCCCUGGCAACCCACCACCAACUCGCGACAGCAAAUCUACCUUUGACGGAGCUGACCUGAGUGUGUUGCACGCGACUAGUGCCGCUUUGGUCGAUGCGACCAAGUCCCUGAUCGUCGACGGCGACUUCGAAAAUGCGAUGAAGGUACUUACUAGUUGGGUACCCGUCCGAGACGAGGAUAUGCUCAUGCGUGUCGCAAAAGCCGAGUGGAAGAUCCACAUGAAGAACCGGAGACAUGCUUCUGGCUGA